AAAGGGCCUGAUGAAAAGGAUAGUGACAAGUUGAUUAUGGCAGACGAUGUCGCUAUAUCCGUUUGUACAAUGAAACCUGCAGUUGGCGAAGCUGGCCAGAAGGCAGGUUCAAAUGAGUUGGAACUCGAAAAGUUGAAUUUGACAGAAGGUUCUGCUAUAUCCGAAAACAUGGUGAUGAUUAAAGGAAAGAAGCAGCAGCUGAUUUUUCAACAUACGGGUCCUGUAAUCAUAGGUGAUCAUACCAAAGUGAUUGUAAAUAACGUAGGAUGUUCAGGUAAGGGAGAAGAUAUCAGGCAGGAGCAACAUGUCAAGGAAACCCUGACAAAAGACGAUGCUAGAGACAAAUUGAAGAAGAAAAGAAGAAACCAUGAUUAUCAGGGAUCUUGCUCUGGGCAACAAAAUGAGAAGACGAAAGAUCUCCCAGAUAGAGUACCGACUCCAAAAGAGAUUGGUAGAGUUUCUAAAUACAUUGGGUUUUCCUACCAACUCUUUUUUGUCGAACUUAACUGCCCAUGUAUCGUUAUAGAGCAGGAGAUGGAAGAAUAUCGCCACCUUUCAUUUAGAUCCCGUAUCACGAAGAUUUUUCUUCGAUUGCUUAAAACAGAAGAGGAUAUUACAUUUAUAGACGUAGCUAAUGCAAUGCAGAAACAUGGAAUGGAUCCCUCGAGUCUGCAUAAUAUUAUCGACUGUAACAGUGAUGUCAUUUUCAGAGAUGAAAGACUGGCGGACAGCGUGCUACAUAAUGCCGUGUCUCUCCAAGACAUUCCUAUAGUUGCAGAAUAUUUGGAGGUCAAAUCAUAUGUUAAUUUUUUUCUUGAGGUUGGAUUCCUGCCAAAGACCAUUGACGAGUUUGAUGAUAAGUUCAAAACUAAGAAAACUUAUAUGAAGAUUAAUGCCAUGUUGAAUACCUUUCUUAACGAGACCAAUCCCAGACCAACAUUGAAUACCAUUCUGUUGGCAAUCGAAACAUGCGAAAUGGACACCAUCUCUCUCAUCAGCGCUCUAAAUCUUAUAUAAGCAUUACCUGCGCUGGAUUUACUCAUUGAAUAUCAAACUCUGAAUUGAAACAUUUGUUCGCACUUGUUGGCGUUUUCUAAAGUCCCUCAAAUUCCUAUUCGGAUAAUAGGUUCUAUAUACUAACUACAUCAGGUUAGUGCUAUGAUUACGAUGACGACUUUUUGAUGGUUGUUUAUGUUAAUGUUUGAUGAUUUUUCCUAUUUUGUGACUGAGUUUUUUUUAAAUGUUGCUGAUAAGAAAGAUUACGAUGAUAUAUUUUAAACGUUUUUACACGAUUACAUUUUCGGUAAUAAUAAAAAUAUACUCUAUUUAAAGAGGAUAAUACAUGUUUAUCCAAAGGCUAAUCUACCACAUGAUCCCCAAGUUAGUAAAAUAUUACAUUCGUUAGUAAAACAUGAUAUCACAAUCAGAUACUAGAAUACAUACAAAAAUUAUGAUAGUGACAGACAUUAUAACACAGUCAGUAUUAAUUAAGAUUAUCACAGAUAGCACAAACACAUAUUUUUGCUAAUUUGAUUUGUCAAUUAAAUGGCUUAAAGCCGUAUAUACAUAUAUGCUAAAAUAGCAAAAAAGUAAAAAUUACCAGGAUAUAUACUAAUAUAGCAGAUUAAAAAGUAAAAUAUGCAUUAAAAAGAACAGUUAAGAAUUUCAAAAGUAAUGAACUAGUUGGUUUCUAAAAUAAUUAAAAUUUGAAUGUCUUUUAACAGGGUAGACUAUUCCAGUCCUGAGUACCAAACAUAAAAAAUCGUUUUGAGUAAAAUAUAGUUCUGUGCCUUGGAACAAUAACAUUAUUUGCCACGGAGACAUAUUCUGUGUUCAUCAUUAGCAAGUUUGAUAUUGUGACUAAAUUAAUAUUGCACCAAUCCAUGAUUACAUUUGUAAAACAUACAUAUUCUCUUGAAUUUGAAAUAUUUUUCAAUCGGAAACCAUUCUAAAACAUAAAACAUAUCAGAGGAAGGUGUAUCAUAUGGCACAUCAAGUAUAACUCUUGCUGCCGGUUUCUGGGCUUUAUAUAAUUUACCCAUAUGAUUUGCAUCAUAUCCAGACCAUAUAGUACAGCGGUAAAUAACAUGGGGAUAUACAGGAGUUGUAAAACUUCAUUCUACUUUGAAUUUGAAGAUAGGAACGUAUACGCCUGAACAAAUCUGAGUAUUUUCUAAUUUUAGACACUGCUUUGUCAACAUGGCAUGUCUAUGAUAAACAAUAAUCCAGAUGUACACCUAAAAGUUUUUCAUUUUCUACUUGUUCUAAUUCAGUGUCACUAAGUGUAAGGCUAAGUUUGCAAGCUGUAGUCCUGGAGAGUUUCUGUUUGGAAGCAACAAUCAUACAUUUUGUUUUAUGUGCAUUUAGUAUCAUUUUGUUUUCAUUACAUCAAUUUGUUACAUUUUCUAAAUCUGUCUGCAAAACACUGUAUAUUUUCUAAGGAUUUACUGGCAUAAUGGAAACUGGAAUCGUCAGCAUACAUUUCGGUAUUUGUAUCAACGGAUAAAGAUAAAACAUUUAUAAAUGUCAAAAAUAGUAACGGGCCUAAGAUUGAACCUUGUGGUACACCAUGUGUAACGUUAUAUGUUUCCGACAGAGUACCAGACAAACAGACUUUUUGUGUUCUAUCUGAAAGAUAUGAUUCAAACCAUGAUAAUGAACUUUCAUCACAUCCAUAUAAUUUAAGCUUUUCUAACAAAACAGAAUGAUUAACCAUAUCAAAGGCCUUCUUAAAAUCUACAAAAAUUACACCUGGAAAAAGUCCAUCAUCAAUAUUUUUGGCCCAAGAGUUAACAAUAUUUAACAUGGCUGUUGCACACGAAUGUUUUUCUGUUAACCAAACUGUGAUGAGACAAUGAGCUUGUGUUCAUUUAAAAAGUUGUAAAAAUAAGUAAGUACAUGCCUUUCCAGUAUCUUAGAUAAAAUGGGUGAAACAAAGAUUGGCAUAUAAUUAUUAAAAUCAGUAGACUUACCACUUUUAUACAAAGGAAUUACUUUGGCCAUUUCCCUCUGGUCAGGAAAUUUACAUGUCCUUAUACUAAGAUUUAUAAUAUAUGUCAGUGAAGGUGCUACCUGAUUAUGAACAAGCUUCAGCAACUUAGCAUUAACAACGUCAGCACCUACAGCCUUCUUUUCGUCUAUGAAUUUCAGGAAAUUACUCACAAAUUCAACUGAAACAUCUGUGAUAGAAAAUUUGUUACUUGUCAAUUUUGCUGACACAUAUUGCUAUGUACUCUUGUAUAUCUAUAAACUAAAUCUCAAUUACUUGUGUAGAAUAUGACUAUUCUGCAAUUUGUUUGAUAUGGUUCACUGGAUUCAUUAAGUGAGAUACAACAGGUUUUGAUGUCUUCAAUAAGAUCUGGAUAGAUAAUUAAUUAAGUCAAUAUUUCGAUAGAUAUUUGUAAAUAUUUUGACUACAAAUCGAAACAUUCAUAUACUGAACAAUACAUAACUUGUAUCAGAACUACAAGAAAGAAAUAAAAUCAAUAUCAAAACCAUCGA